AGUCUGGGCAAAAUAACUUAGCCAAAGGAUGCUUCAAGGAACAGAGGCAAGUCCCUGGGUGGAAGAGGCAGUGGACCAACAGGGCUGUCCGAGAGAAUAACAUCAAUGUAAACAUCCACCUGCUAUCUGGCCAUAGGAAUAGGACUAUUAAGGUAACUCAUUUAUUGUUUGAAAAAUGCAUAUACCCCAAUUGAAAUAUGUUUCCAAGGUGGCUCAUGUGAGGUAGGGGCGAGGUCAUUGUUAAGCUCUUAUUGAAUAUAUGGCAGGGUUAGCUGCUUUGUAGGCCCAGAACAAGAGGCUGUUUACCGAAGAACAAGUUAACAAACAAAUCCAUAGGAAAAGGAAAGUAACUACCAGAGCAAGCUGAAAGGGUAGAGACUUGGCUCCAACUCAUAGUAAAGGGGGACAAUGUUUAGGUUUAUCACUUCCCAUUACUACAAUAAUCUGUUGCACAGAAUAGGUUCUUUAAAAGCUGCCUUAUACUCAUCUAGCCAGAGCCGGCCCUACCAUUAGGCUGCCUCAGGCAGCUGGUUUUACGGUUCACAAAAGGGCAGCACAUUGUUAGUGGAAGAAGCACUUGUAGGAUUUUCUGCCUUGGGUGCAAACUUAACUUGAAUGGCUUUGGACACUGUGCACCUUGAAUUGGCGUUGUGUGUGUGAUUUGUUGCUUCCCUUCAGAUGCAGCCCUUAUCCUGCAUCUACCUCAGGGUUGUCUACACUGACCAGUAGCAACUCCCCAGAGUUUCAGGAAGGGGGAUUUCAUGCAAAUCAGGUGCAUUUCAUGCAAAUCAGAUUUCAUGCAAAUCAGGUGCAUGCAAAUCAGGUACAUUACCACCUGGGUGCAGUGACACAGGAAACAGGUGUGACGUCGUCGUAUCCUUAAAAUAGUCACACCUAGUAUUUUCCACAAUAAGGCAGAGGUUUACUCUGACAGUAUAAUUUGCAAGGAGAGAGAGAGAUUUAAAGUUGUCUGGAAUGUAUACUUUCUGCCUUGGAAACCUUGCCCUCCAGUCCUAAAUGUGUGUGCCUGCUGAUGGAUGUUGGGUGAUGGAAGAGAACUCUGCACAUGCUCAGAGGUGUUUUUCUUCUGACAAGUUUUAAAGCAUUUCUCGGGCGCAGGGAAAUAAUAUGUUUCCUGUGAACUCAUUUCACCUGCAGUCAAUCAGCUUGCUCUCUUCAUUGCUCCAACUGUCCGACGACUUUAUUUCAUUUUUUAUAAUUUGGUUGCUGUGCAGUUAUUGUUGCUUUAAUGUUCUCUUUUAUUACCUUUGCUUGUUUAGCCUGGUAUUUAAUUUAUGAGAAGCUCCACUCUCAGAUCAGCAACCAGAUGACGCAGGUGAUAAAAAAACUGCUUGUAAAAAAAGAAAGUCAGUCAGUCAUCCUGCAGAACCCAUGGCUGCGAAAACUGUCUCUCUAAUUGUAUUUCAGAUAUCCCUAAGUUUUUAUUUGUCCCCUUCCAGGCAAGGAAAGUAUGCCCAUUGUUAAGUAUCCCAGGACAGUUGACCCUCUUUGGUAUGAAUGGGAUAGGAAGGCCCAGAAAUGUGGAUUAAGGCACACCGUUUACGCGGUCAAUGGCGAUCGGUACACUGGCGAAUGGCUGGACAACCUAAAACACGGUAAGGACAAUCUGGAGCAAGAAUAGUAGAAUAUGUUGCAGGAUAUUCCAGGCAAAAAAACAGCAGCCUGGAGAGGCCCAGCGAUUCCCUCAAAUAAAAAAGUCUACAGUUUGUCUGAGACUGCAUGCAAGAGGACUUAAUUAGUAGCCACACAAACUAUUUCAGGAGGCUGCAAGGGCAGCUGGGAGAAAAACACAAGGCUGUUCCUUCAUAUUUUGCAAAUGUAAAAACCAGCCUCAGGUUGGAUCCCUCUCCAAUGCAUGUUGAGGCAAGCAGGUCCCUUGUGAGCAGGGGCAGAGGAAGGGGGGUGCGGUGUGGGUGGGUCGCCCCGGGUGUCACCACUGAGGAGGUGACAAAAUGCUGGGCGGCACUUACUGUGGGGCCUUGCAGCGCGCCCGAGCCAUGCGACUCUCCUGGGAGUGACGCAGUGGCUUGGGCGCCCGCAGGCUCUGCGCUAACCCCAAACGGUCCGCCUAAUGCCUCCCCCCUCAGCUGUAGGGCGGUUGAGUGGGAGGAGGCAGGCAGACUCCUUGGAGGCCCCGCGGAGCAUCCUGCCCCGCUGGCCCCCCUGCGGGCGGCUGGCCUCGCCCCUUUGCGCAGGGCACAGGUGCCUCCCCAGGUGCCUGAACAGCUUGUUCCGCUGCUGCUUGGGAGAAGACAUGUAAAGAGAUCCACCUUUAAAUGAGUAAAGCCAGAGCAUGAAAACAACCCCCCUCACUUGCAAUCUGCUAUUCACAACAGGUAAAUUGCUUCUGAAAAGGAGGAUGUGAUUAACUGCCAUGGCUAAUAAUAAUAAUAAUAAUAAUAAUAAUAAUAAUUUAUUAUUUAUACCCCGGCCUUCUGGCUGGGCUUCCCCAGUCACUCUGGGCAGCGUCCAACAAAAUUCAGUGGUACCUCGGGUUACAUACGCUUCAGGUUACAGACUCCGCUAACCCAGAAAUAGUACCUCAGGUUAAGAACUUUGCUUCAGGAUGAGAACAGAAAUCGUGCUCCGGCGGCGUGGUGGCAGCAGGAGGCCCCAUUAGCUAAAGUGGUGCUUCAGGUUAAGAACAGUUUCAGGUUAAGAACGGACCUCCGGAACAAAUUAAGUACUUAACCCGAGGUUCCACUGUAUUAAAAUACAGUAAUGCAUCAAACAUUAAAAGCUUCCCUAGCUGCUAAUAGACCUAGCAGGGAGUCAUUGGCCUUUUUAGCUCCGAGCAAGUGCUGCGGGUGCCGUCCCCGCAAGCAACUUCUCUUCCCUCUCACUUGCCUCACUCCCCUUUCCUGACUGAGAGCCACACACACCUUGUGCACACACACCUUGCUUUCCCAAGGGAUAGAUAUAGACAGAUCAGUAGAAUUGAUCUGACCCCUGAAGAGCACAUAGAACUGAAAGAGGAAGUGUGGAAGAGAGACGCUCUUCCAACUUCCUCCUUCAGCACUAGGUAACUUUUCAAGAGAGAGAAAGGUACCGUCAACCACCUUGAGGCCAAGGGGGCAGUAAGAUAGGCUCAAAAGCUUAGCAGGUGUCAGGGCAGCGGCUCUCAUUUUUCCCCCUCUGGACCACACUUUCAGAAUAAAAAUUUACUCGUGCCACACCAAUCUUUUUAUUGAUAAGAUAUACCAUGGAAAACAAAAAGAAACAACUCCUAGCAGUGCUAGGAGUGCACAGAGCACAACUGCAUUAUAAAAUGAUCACGAGACACCCAGAAAGUAUAAAACAUGAAUCAUUCCCAAAAUAGAAUUAUAAACGAGCCUCUUAUAUACAUACCUUAAAUAUGUACACAAACUCAAUGAGAGGUGUAAGCUUGCCGUAUCACUUGAUGAUCUCACUCCUGUUUUGAAAAGAUAUCUGUCCAUAUUCUGCAAAUAAAUAAAAUAACAAGUUGAUACUGUACUAUGCGACACUGAAAUUCUUGAAUGUUCAUUUGCUUGUCCUGGAAUCUUCCAGCCACACUUGCCACCCUCUCCGGCUGCCACACCAGUGCUGUGCAUUGCGCCCCUUGAGAACCACGGGGUCAGGGGAAGAAGACCUCAAGGGCGCCAUCACACGCCUGGGACACUGCACUGGUGACCCCUUUCCUAUGUCCAGGGCGGUGCCUUUGUAAAUCAUUUUUCUUUUUCUUUUUACAAUCAAGCGGUAUAUAAAUUUUAUGAAAUGAAUGAAUGAAUGAAUAAAUAAAUAAAUAUCAUGCAGCGAUGUUGAGGACAACCUCCUCUGUAGGUGGGUGAUUUGGGCUCACAGCAGUCUUCCAUGGAUUUGCUUCAUGCACUUUUCUCAAAACUAGAUAACUAUUCAUUUAUCUACUGUAGUUUGGAAACGAUUGGCUCAAGUAAAUUAAAACCAUAAUGUACGGGCAGUUUUAUUGGUCACGAGAGAAAGUCUGUGCUACCAGUUCCUGCCUUUUGUCCCCAUGGCCAGGCAAGGGCACGCAGACAUGGAAGAGGACAGGGGCCAUCUACAGCGGAGACUGGAAAUUUGGAAAACGGGAUGGAUAUGGGACAUACAGCCUCCCUGAUCCCAUCACAAAAGACUACAAGAAAGUGUACUCGGGUUGGUGGAAGAAUGACAAAAUGUGGGUAAGUCGUGCUCUUUUGCAAUGAUGUAUGCGAAUGUAUGCCUUUAAAAGUGAGCCAAGGGCCAGAAUCUGAUCAGCAUUAAUAUCAGAAAUAGGGGGUGGGGGGGAAUUGCCAAAGCUCUGAGCUGCUGCAUUCUUCUGCCUGUUACAAUAGACUCCUGCUGAAAUUCACUAAGUGCCUUGUUCCUUUUUCUGAGGUGAAAAUUUAAAGCUCUGUUGCCUCCCCCCUUCAAAUGGUGUGUGCGCACUGCGUCAUGUGAUGGAUUAUGUGGGGCACGGCUUAACAACCUCCCCCAAUAUUUCAUUUAAGUUGGCACACCCGCUUUUAAUUCCAGGAGCCUCAUGGCUUCCUUAAUUCUGUUCCCGUCUCUGAGUGUCAGGAAGAGGGCAGGCCAUGAGGGGAGUGAACACAGCCAGGUACCUCUGUAUACUUUGUCCUCACACUUUGGGAGGUGGUGUGGAUUCAGCCCAGAAAGUAGGGGUGGAGGAGAAAUUCAUAGAAUCAUAGAUGGAAGGCACCCCAAGUUCAUCUAGUCCAGCCCUCAGCAAUGCUGGAAUCUCAACUAAAGCAUCCUUGGCAGACGACCAUCCAACCUCUGCUGGAAAACCUCCCAGGAAAGAGAGUCCAACACCUUCUGAGGGAGCCUACUUCGCUGCUGAAUGGCUCUUACCAUCGGAAAGUUUUUUUUUUUUUUUUAAUGAUAUUUAUUCCAAAUUUAAAGUUACAAAAAAGAAAAAGAAAAACCAUACAAAAUACAAAGAAAACUUUAGCCAUAACAAAGCGAAAAAUGAACAAGUAAAAAAGAACAAUAAGAUAGAAUAAAAAAGACUUAACAAAAAAUAUAAAAAUACAUUAAGUUGAAAUAAAACAAAAACAGAUUAAACCUUUACAUAGCCUUUUCCCUUUACUUAUUUCCAUGACCUCCUCUCACCUCCCAAUUUUGUAUUCUAGUUCAGAUCGUGUUUCCAGCAAAUCCUUCUAACCUUAUUUUCAUUUACGUAUUUUAAAAUUAAAAUAAUGUAAUUAAACCUCCUCUAUUUCAUCAAUUUCAUCAACUCAUUUUUGCUUAGUCCAUUAUAUCAUAUCUACCAGAACGACCUAAUAUUCUUUUUCCAACCUCUUUCUAACAUUCUUUUAUAUUGCAGUAUUUUUGAAGGUAUAUUUUGAAUUUUUUCCAAUCUUCUUCCAUCGACCCUUCUCCCUGGUCUCGAAUUCUGCCGGUCAUCUCAGCCAGUUCCAUGUAGUCCAUCACUUUCAUCUGCCAUUCUUCUCGGGUGGGCAAUUCUUGUGUCUUCCAGUACUUCCCGAUGAGUAUUCUUGCUGCUGUUGUAGCAUACAUAAAGAAAGUUCUAUCCUCCCUUCGCACCAAUUGGCCGACCAUGCCCAGAAGAAAGGCCUCUGGUUUCUUCAGAAAGGUAUAUUUAAAUACCUUUUUCAAUUCAUUAUAUAUCAUUUCCCAGAAAGCCUUAAUCCUUGGGCAUGUCCACCAAAGGUGAAAAAAUGUACCCUCAGUCUCUUUACAUUUCCAACAUUUACUAUCUGGCAAAUGAUAGAUUUUUGCUAGCUUGACUGGGGUUAAGUACCACCUGUAAAUCAUUUUCAUUAUAUUUUCUCUUAAGGCAUUACAAGCCGUAAAUUUCAUACCUGUGGUCCAUAACUGUUCCCAGUCAGCAAACAUAAUGUUAUGUCCAAAAUUUUGUGCCCAUUUAAUCAUAACAGAUUAACCGCUUCAUCCUGAGUAUUCCAUUUCAACAGCAAGUUAUACAUUCUUGAUAAAUUCUUAGUUUUAGGAUCUAACAAUUCUGUUUCCAAUUUCGAUUUUUCCUCCUGGAAACCAAUCUUCUUAUCUAAAUUAUAAGCCUCCCUUAUUUGAUAAUAAUGAAGCCAGUCUCGAACUUUAGUUUUUAAUUUGUCAAAGCUCUGCAGCUUUAAUCUAUCUCCAUCUUGUUCUAAAAUUUCACAGUAUUUUGGCCAAUUUGUCUCCAUAUUAGUUUUUUUCAGAGCCUUAGCCUCCAUUGGUGACAGCCACCUUGGUGUUUUACUUUCCAACAAAUCCUUAUAUCUCACCCAGACAUUAAACAAUGCUUUCCUGACAAUAUGGUUCUUAAAGGCCUUAUGUGCUUUAACCUUGUCAUACCAUAAGUAUGCAUGCCAUCCAAAGACAUUGUUAAAACCUUCUAAAUCCAAAAUGUCCGUGUUUUCAAGAAGCAGCCAAUCUUUCAGCCAGCAAAAUGCGGCUGAUUCAUAAUAAAGUUUAAGAUCUGGCAGGGCAAAUCCACCUCUUUCUUUAGCAUCAGUUAAAAUCUUAAAUUUUAUUCUUGGCUUCUUGCCCUGCCAGACAAAUCUCGAAAUAUCUCUCUGCCAUUUCUUGAAACAGUCCAUCUUGUCCAAAAUCUGCAAUGUUUGAAACAAAAACAACAUCCUAGGCAAUACAUUCAUCUUUAUCACAGCAAUUCGGCCCAACAAUGAUAACUUCAAUUUUGACCAUAUUUCCAAAUCCUUUUUCACUUCCAUCCAACAUUUUUCAUAAUUAUCUUUAAAUAAAUUCACAUUUUUAGCAGUCAUAUGAACCCCUAGAUAUUUCACUUUCUUAACCAAUAUUAAUCCUGUCUCCUUCUGAAACCUCUGUUUCUCAAUCUCUGUAAGAUUUUUCUCUAACACCUUGGUUUUCACCUUAUUCAACUUAAAUCCUGCUGCUUGACCAAAUUCUUGAAUUAAUUGCAAUACUCUUUUGGUACUGGAUUCUGGCUCCUGUAAUGUCAAAACCAAAUCAUCAGCAAAAGCUUUCAAUUUAUACUGUUUGGCUCCGAGUUGUAUACCUUUAACCAAUUGGUCUUUCCUGAUCAUAUUAAGCAGAACCUCCAGGACCGAUAUAAAAAGCAAUGGGGAGAUUGGGCAACCCUGUCUUGUUCCUUUCUCAAUCUUAAACUCUUCUGUAACUACGUUGUUUACAAUCAACUUAGCUUUUUGUUCUGAGUAAAUUGCACCUAUACUGUUUUCAAAGCCUUGGCCUACCCCCAUUCCCUGUAAAUUUUUCUUCAUAAAACUCCAAUAAAUAUUAUCAAAGGCUUUCUCCGCAUCCACAAAUAUUAGAACUGCUUUAGUGUUAAUAUUAACUUGUAAUUUUUCUAAAAUGUUAAUUAUAUUCCUCGUGUUAUCUGACAAAUGCCUCCCCGGGAGAAAGCCCGCUUGGUCCUUAUGGAUUUCUUUCGCCAAUACCUUUUUUAAUCUUUUAGCCAUAAUUUCUGCAAAAAUUUUGUAAUCCACAUUAAGUAGAGAUAUGGGACGAUAGUUCUUAAGCUGUGUCUUUUCCGCUUCUGUUUUCAGUAUAACUGUAAUAUAAGCUUCUUUCCACGACUCGGGUGCCUUCCCUCCCCCCCUAAUAUUUCAUUGCAAACUUCUUUCAAAGGCUGCAUUAACCAUUCUUUCAAAGAUUUAUAAUACUUUGCAGUCAGACCAUCUGGCCCUGGAGAUUUGCCCAAUUUCAUGUUCUGAAUGGCUCCUUCCACCUCUUGGUCAGUUAUUAUACAGUUUAGCAUUGAUUUACUCUCUUGAGAGAUUUUUUGUAAUCCAUUUGUUCUCAAAAACCGAUCAAUGUCUAUUUCUUUCUGAGUCUCCUGCGUAUAUAACUGUUUAAAGUACUUCUGAAAACACUUUCUAAUCUCCGCAGGGUUCUGUAUGCUCUUUCCUUCUACUACCAAGUUCGUAAUAGUAUUAAGCUUUUGUCUUUUUUUCAUUUGCCAUGCCAGCAGUUUCCCACACUUGUUCGCUGAUUCAAAUGUCUUUUAUCUCAUCUGUUUGAUCUUCCAUUCUAUUUCCUGAUUUGUCAGUUUCAUAUAUUGUACUUGAUAUAACUUUAUCUCUUUUAGAAUCUCCUGUGAAUUCGGUUUUAUCCUCAGUCUCUUUUCUCCAUCCUUUAUUUUCUCCAAGAUUUUUUCCCUCUUCUCAUUUUGGACUCUUUUCCUAAUUGCAUUUUGUUGUAUCAGGAACCCUCUCAUAACUGCUUUACUUGCAUCCCAAAUCACUCUUUUUUCGGUCGUAGUGUUCAUGUUUAUCUCAAAAUAGUCUCUCAAGUUUUUCUGGGCCUUUUUGAUAAUUUCCUCGUUCCUAAGCAGGGAGUCAUUCAUCCUUACCAUCAGAAAGUUCUUCCUGGUGUUUAGUCAGAAUCUCCUUUCAUGUAACUUGAAGCCUUUGGUUUCGGUCCUAGCCUCUGGAACAGGGCAGCCAUUUAGAUAUAAUAAUAAUAAUUUUUUUAUUUAUAUCCCGCCCUCCCCAGCCAAAGCCAGGCUCAGGGCGGCCAACAACAAUAAAAUAAUACAACAUUUUAUGUGAAGAAGGCCAUCCUAUCUCCUCUCAACCUCCUCUUUUCCAGGCUAAACAGACCCAGCUCCUUCAUCCGCUCCUCAUGAGACUUGAUUUCCAGACCCCUGAUCACCCUCCUCUGCAUAUGUUCCAUCUUGUCAAUAUCCUCCUUCAAUUGUGGUGCUCAGAAAUUCAAACCAUUUCGGAUUUAAAGGUGAACCCAGCUAGCUUGCACUUUCCAAAACAAUUUGUUGAACCGCAACCCAGGCAUCCUUCAAAAUCUGCACUUCCCCUAAGGUUGCAGUGCAGUUCUCCAGCCCACUAGUGUCCACAAACACACAUAUACCGUAUUUUUUGCUCUAUAAGAUGCACCAGACCACAAGACGCACCUAGUUUUUAGAGGAGGAAAACAAGAAAAAAAAUAUUCUGAAUCUCAGAAGCCAGCGAUCCCUCUUGCUGUUCUGGCUUCUGGGAUAACUGCGCAGCCUGCAUUCGCUCCAUAAGACGCACACACAUUUCCCCUUACUUUUUAGGAGGGAAAAAGUGAGUCUUAUAGAGCAAAAAAUACGGUACUUGUGUGCGUAAAGAUGUGUCUAUUGGUGAAGACAGCAUUAUAGCAAGGGAAAAAAAUAUCUGUUAGGCAAACUUGCAUACAAAAAGGUGAGUUUUAUGAGGACAUUAAAAAAACAACAACCACAAAGUUGGCAUGGAGAAAUGAGAAGCUGAGAUUGACAAAAAUUGACAGAUUUGUCCUGCUUCCAGAAGUGGGGCGGGGAGCAAAUCAAAUGGGCAUCAGCAACAAGUAUUGACUUUUUAAAGAAAGUUAAACAUUUUAAAGAGAAAGCUUGCUGUUGUGAUCAUCCACAUGAAUAUCUUUUGAUUUUAGGGAUACGGAAUAAAAUUUUACUCAGAUAUGGAGUAUUACGAAGGGGAAUGGGCCGUUGGGAAGAGAAGCGGCUGGGGCCGGAUGUACUACAAGGACGGCUCCAUCUAUGAAGGCCAGUGGUCUGAGGACAAGCCAAGCGGGCAAGGCAUGUUCCGCUUGAGUAAGUACCGCCCUGCUGCGUCCAUGAUGCUUGAGAGGUCUGGUCCUCUAUGCCUUUGGGCAGUGGUUAGAACGGGCCCCAGCCCUUCCCACCCCCCAGAACAGAACUUGGGGCACGUUAAGGCUGGCCAGAUGGUGCCACCGCCGACAUUCUCAGCUCUCUUUGCUCAGAUAGACUGCUGGUGCCGCUGCUGCUCAAAAGGUGGCCUGCGCAAUGACAACAACACAACGGCUUGUUGCUGUCUGUGCCACAUAUCUCCAUUCACCCUGCCUCAGCUCACACCAGUAGUCUUUUGAAGACUUAAUGGGUUUUAGUGGUUUCAUGAACAGGGCCCCUGCGCACAGAAGCAAAAAUCACGUAAGUUGGGAGCACCCUGGAGGAUGUGCAGAAAAGUGGGGGCGAUGGCUGUGCUACCCCGCACAUCGGUGUAAAAAACAACAACACCCCUGCUGAGCCCCCACUCUCUUUGGGGCUUCCUCCACCCUCACUGAUACCCUCUUCAGGCUCUGGGGAAAUUUAUGUUUAAGUUUCCUGUCCCCACGUGUAUAUGCAGUCACAUGUGUGUCGAUCAAACGUCAGUGGGAGACACCCGUAAAACCCAAACUCUCCUUGCCAUGCCAUUCUGGCUAAGGCUCUGGGGGCCACACUACCCCCCUUCUGGGUGGCAUCCUGAGGGUCACAGGGCAAAGUGGGCGGAGCGGCAAAUGUAAGUUUUUGCCUUUGCACAGUAGGCCAGUUUCUCCAACUGCUCUUCCGUCCAGGGAGGCCGGAGUUCAUGGAUGUAUUCCAGCCAGGCAAAAAUGUUUGGGGCCAGUGAGGGAGCAAGGCCUGGGGAGAAUCCCAAGGGCAAGAGAUCAAGGCCUGGAGAGGCGCAUUGGUCUCCUGGGCCAGAGGCUGCAAGCCCUGCGCUACCACCUUGAAAGCAUGCCGUGCUUGGCUGAGCCAAUGUGGUGUUGGGGUUAGCAGGCUGGACUAAUUAGAGCCAUCAAGACCUGGGGUCAAAUCCCACUAAGUCAUAACAAAGGUAGCUUGGGACCUCUGGGUCGAUUGCUCCUUCUCAUCUUAACCCCAUCUCUCAGGGUUGUUGUGCAGGUAGAAUGUGGGACAGACCCAUAUAUGCUUUACUGACCUCCUGAGAGGAAAGGGAGGAUUAAAAUGUCCUUAAAAAUUAUUAUUGUGCCAUGCUGAGCAAUCACAUAAUUUACCGCUGUUUUAAUAGCUGGCGGUAUGUUUACACGAACUGUUAAAGCAACAGUUUGGUAGUCCUGCCCAGGUUAUGCUGAGGGCAGGUACACUUAAUUACACGGCUGUCCAGGAUCUGUUUGUAUCUAACUUCCAGCAUCAGGAAAUUGGUGAGAUUUAGAGUCUUGGUGGUUAUCUAGAAAUGUCUUUAGUUUCUAAAAGGACAGGUAAUAACUGUGCCUUGACAGAUUUCCAGAGGAUUCAGAAUUGAUAUCACUUUACCUGAAACACUUCCUCAGCAGAGGUGCAAAUUCACUUUGCAUGUGCUCAGAGGUGCUCUUGUUAUAAUAUCACCUAUUCCAAUACUGAGGCAAGGCAUUGAAAAGAAGAUUAUGGGGUUAAAAUUAAUACCUGCUGGGAUGUUCUGGGUGUUACGAAUAUGAUGGAUUUUAAAUCACCACUGCCACCACCACAAAUAAUUGGUCCUCCAGAGACAUUGCCCAAUUGAUCAUGAACUGGCUGGAUUUUUCCUAAGGGUAAAAUUAGCUAAUUAAUAGAUUAUUAUUUUCCUGCACCUGCGGGUUUAAUAUAGUCAGCUCUGUAACUGGAAAUUUUGCAAGGCAGGGGGUAAAUGCGCCUUCUGUUAGGUUCGCGAUGGACAACCAUCCAAGAUCAAAUAGCUGGUAUUGGCUGCUUGCCCAGAAAGGGUAAACUGAAACGUAGGAUUCGUGCAGUUUUGCUGGCUCCUCCCUUUCUUGCAAAAGGAUUUAAGAGAGUUAACCACAGCAUCCAAACAGUGAAGGGCACAGCUUGGUGGGGCCCUUGCGACGGACAUGUACUGCCCCAUUGAUGGAAUUCCUUCCCCAGAUAAAUUUGCCUGGCACCCACAUGAAUAUAUUUCCGGUACCAGGCAAAUGCUUUUCUUUCUCCACCCUUAAUGUUUUCAUAAACUGUCUUGGAAGCAUCACCAAAGAGCAGUAUAUGAAUCCUUCCGAAUAAGCAAAGAGGGAGGGAGCUCCUGCUCUCCAGUCUGUUCUCAGAACUGCCCCAUCCAGAAUUCCACCAUACCUAGGAGCUUGUGAGCAAAAGGGCUUCUCUGCAGUCCGAGUUGCCUCCUGACCAUUGAGUCAGAAGCAGGUUCUGUUCUGUCCAUUUCAGCGGGGUAUUUACUUCCAAGAAAAAAGCACACCAAGAACUCAGGCCGACAGGGCCCUGUUUCGAUGUAUUCACCUUCAUCAGCUAAUUUUUAAAGGAUUGUGUAAGUUUGAAGACUUUUGGAUGAAUAUAUCCUGUUAUUUUCCACGUUUCUCAGGGAUAACAACUACGUGUGGGUAGAUCAACGUGUAUCUUGAGCUUUUCUGUGCGUUUUCAAUUUGGAAGCCAGGCACGAAGUGCUUCAGGGGCAAAGUCUACAGCCACAAUGACCUGCCCCAGUGGGGGGGGGGGGGACUAGACCAUGAUAGAACCAUUUGCGUGUUGAGUCCCACAAUGCCACCCCCCAAAAAAUUCACACUUCACACAUCAAUUUUUGUUUAAGGUUUUUGGCAUAAUUUUGGCCACAACUUUAUUCAAAAUACAAAAAAUGUGAGUGGUUGCUUAGGCAUUGGUUAUGACUAUCUGUCCUUGCCCUCAGGGACAGAGCUGGCCUUCCGGACACCAGCGGAAGCCAGCGUGGGAAACAAGUAUUGGGUGAGAAAAUGAAGCUGGGUAUCAGUCCCUCACUUCUCACCCUCAUGUUCCUGUGGGGCUUGCACGGCCCAAGUCCGAUUCCAGGGACAAGGACGAAAAGAAUGGCAAGCCCCUGGAUUCCUUUAACGGAAUUCCCUUUCCGCAUCAUUUGGAGGGAUAGGCACUUACCCCUCCAAGCACCAAUUUAACCAAUGCCUAACCGCCAACCUUACAAGUUGUGACGAUUUGCUACGCAGUAGGCAAAAACCAAAUGGCACCAGCCAAUCAGCCAGAUGGCAAAAUUCCUACCAGGCCCCCGCUCCAAGGCGGACGACCCCAUGACAGGCAUAGCAAGGUCAAGCGAUCAAGAAAAAACCACCCUAUUAAAGGGAGGGAGGGCGGGUGAUCCGGUGCAAAAUGGCCAAGAGGACGUCCAACGUCUGGCCCCUGUAUUUAAAGACUCUGACCCCUCCUCCAAAUUGGCAACAAUCAAAACUCCCCAGCAACCCAAUUUUAACCACUUAAAGGCUUGGGUUCCUCACAAAAUCUGCCCAGUAACGGCAGGGUGGCUUGUUCCCCAACCGCAACACGUGCUCUCUGUUAGGGAGAACACGCUUUGCGUGUUGAGUCCCACAAUGCCACCCCCCAAAAAAUUCACACUUCACACAUCAAUUUUUGUUUAAGGUUUUUGGCAUAAUUUUGGCCACAACUUUAUUCAAAAUACAAAAAAUGUGAGUGGUUGCUUAGGCAUUGGUUAUGACUAUCUGUCCUUGCCCUCAGGGACAGAGCUGGCCUUCCGGACACCAACGGAAGCCAGCGUGGGAAACAAGUAUUGGGUGAGAAAAUGAAGCUGGGUAUCAGUCCCUCACUUCUCACCCUCAUGUUCCUGUGGGGCUUGCACGGCCCAAGUCCGAUUCCAGGGACAAGGACGAAAAGAAUGGCAAGCCCCUGGAUUCCUUUAACGGAAUUCCCUUUCCGCAUCAUUUGGAGGGAUAGGCACUUACCCCUCCAAGCACCAAUUUAACCAAUGCCUAACCGCCAUGGAGCCCACAGCUCACCGCCAAACCACUCACAGACCCAACCAAGCCCUCAGCUUGGCCACCACUGCACCCAGCCAAGCCUCAUUCCCUGAGGCAGAAAGAUGCGCGCCAUCAGCUCUGAAAAAGGAUGCAGCCUGAAAAGAAUCUCAGGAUGGGAAAUCACAUCUCCACCCAGCUCAAAAAUCUUUUAGACACAGCAGAAUUGAUGCGCUUCCUGGCCCUUUCAGUGGCAGCUGGGCAACGACUACCCUUCCAAACACGUCGUUGCAAAAGCUUUGACCAAAAUAUUUUUGCUGUCGGCACCACUGCCCGCAGCUUCUCCAGGUCACCCAAAAUUGCAGCACGUAGUGAAAAAACAGUCCAUGGAAACCAGGUCGUUCUCACCCAGCUGCACCCCAACAGCAGUGGGCGGCCCUUCCAGCAGCACCUGCCUCCGAAUCAGCGGCAGGAAUUCUGGCUGGCGCAUUCCCCGUCUGGACAGCCAAAGCAACUGCACAUGUGGAGGAAGGCCGAGACCCGGUCCCAAACCGGACUGCCGUGCACUGAUGCUGUGCCCCACCAUCCAGAUGCGGACAGCUGCUAAACCUAAGAUAAAACAAGCAAAAAUUGUAAGACACCAAUAAUGUUAACGAACAUAACCUUUGAAUGCAUUCGAUUUCCAAUGACCUGUAUUUUAUUUCCACUGCCUUAUUAACACGCUUUCCGGCCUUCUCGGUGGUAGUUUGUCUAGGCAUUGGUUCCCGACUAGCUGCACCUGACCUCAGCAGGGCAGCACUGACGACUGGGCCCCACCAUAUCGUCAGUACCAGCAAACAUUGUGGGGGAGCAAUGAAUCCCAAGGCAAUCGCAUCCCGCCAGGUGUCGUUCCACAUAGGGGAAAGAUGCACCCCAUCUGCCCUAAAGAGAGCAACAGCCUUGAAGAAAAAUAGCAGGGUGCAAUAUUACAGAACCACCUAAAGCAAGGACCUAUUUUAUUUUAUUUGUUAUUUUAUUUUAUUUACUUUAUUUAUUUUAUUCUAUUGUCCACCGCCUUAUUAACAUGCUUUCUGGCCUGCUCGGUGGUAGUUUGUCUAGGCAUUGGUUCCUGACUGGCUGCACCUGACCUCAGCAGGGCAGCACUGACGACUGGGCCCCACCAUAUCGUCAGUACCAGUAAACAGCGUGGGGGAGCAAUGAACCAGGAUCAGACUCAAGCUCACCCCCAAAUGCUCCCAGGGACUCUUGCGUGCCCCUACCCCUCGAAAGGGGUCGACAAAAGCAUGGUGAAUCCUUGGAUUCCCUUAAUGGAAUAUCUUUGCGCAUUGGAGGGGACAGGUGCUCCAACUUCCCCUCCAGACCACCUUGAACCAAUGCCUUAAAUUAUUUUGAGUCCUGGGAGAGCUGCCAUCAACUCAAUCCAAGCCCUCUUGCAUGCAGGAAUGCAAACUUAUGCUGGAGGAAGACAGCAAACAUUCUCGCCCAGCUGUACCACCAGCACUGCGGGAGGACCUGCACAGGUCACACUCGACCGCACCAAAGGAAGGAUCUCCUCCCAAAGCAUUCCCAUCUGGACAUCCAGUAUAUGUUCACAUGGGCAGGAAGACUGAGAUGGCGCCCCAGUCCAAACUCGUCAACCUGCUUGCCAGCCUAGUGUACAAUGCUGUGGCCCAAAUGUGCACAGCUGCUCCUAUGAAAAAAGGAAAUAACAGACAGGCAUCAGCACAGACAUCAUUGUGACACUUCCUGAUAUAACCCUUGUCAGCGUCAGACUUCCAAUGACCCGUAUUCACAAUCCUGUCUACUGACAGGCCCCCAGUGUGCAGCCUUUGCAGCAGCACCCAAUCGUAAGGAAUGAGGCGUGUUCAGCGGUAAGCAAGCCGCAGGCCGUAAUAACUGGUGCACGACGUAAGCACAUUGAUGCCUGGCUAACGGGAACCCAUUUUCAUGCACUAGGAGCGGGCCAGCCCCCAGGGAAUGAAAAGCCAAAUAUUCUGUUAUCCAUAACCGGGCAAGGGCCCUCCUCACCUGUGGCGGGAAGCCUGAUUGUGGCACUCCUGCCCACUAAGUCUGUUUUAGAGUUCCCAACUCUAAUGACAAGCUCCAAAGGAUAAGGAAAAGUCCUGAAGCAAUAAGCCUCCAGACUCUCAGCCCCAUGCUGGCUCCAACAACCAUUUUCCCAAGCCUCAGUGCGAAAAUGCAAUGGACUACUGAAAGGAGUCUCGCCUUGAUCUUUAACCAGCAGACAAGUUUUAACUUGUUGCAGAUACUGCAUAAGUAAAAAUUGACCGGCUUCCUGCCCACUGUCCUAUGAGGUUGGAGCCUAUUCCAACCUUCCAAGGCCAUGCGCACUACAAACUUUAUACAAGGGUCUCUGAAAAAUAAAGCUUCAGUGUAACAGACAUUGCAGCGGACUGAAUUCUGAUAGUUAUAACGCACGCCCAAUCUGCAGCAGGUGGACCAAAUACUGCGGAUCUGCUCAGAGGAUGGGGGCCAGUUCAUCUGAAUGGCCGAGGACUGCCAGCUUAAGGCUAAGAAAUCCAUCCAGGCCUUCUCAUAAGAGCUAAAAGCAGAAGGGGAAAUGGAAGCUGCUGCUCUCUGUAAUUACUAAUUGUUGUCAAAAUGCCACAGGUGGUCUGGAAAAGUCUGGCAAUAGCUGAGUCUGGAGCCCAGGAUCUGAAGCACUUCAUCUGAAAAUGGGAUAGAGUGUCAGCGACAUCAUUAGAGGAUCCUGUAAUUUGGAGAGUAGAAAGCACAAUAUUAAACCUUAAGCGGCGCAGCUCGAAAGCAUGAACGGAGGGGCGGAGACUGUGCUAGAGCGUGAGGACUGUUUUGCUAAGACGCUCACCACUACCUGGUUAUCAGACCAAAAGCAGAUCCAAUGGUCACUGAACUCCUCGGGCCACAUGUGAACUGCUACUACAAUGGGGAAAACUCAAGAAAAGUUAUGUCACAUGAUUGCCUCACCACACCGGGCUUGAGGCCAUAGCUUUGCACACCAGCAUCCCUUGAAAUAAAAACCAAAGGGCAAAGAUCCAGCAGCACCAGCAUGAACCUGAAAAUCCCUGUGCGGGUUCAAGGUAUCCUGCCAUGGCGAACUCCAGAGAAGCGGACACGGAGCAAUGGAUCCAAACUACAAGAAAGAAGAUUCCACCUAAACAUUAGGAAGAACUUCCUGACAGUAAGAGCUGUUCGACAGUGGAAUUUGCUGCCAAGGAGUGUGGUGGAGUCUCCUUCUUUGGAGGUCUUUAAGCAGAGGCUUGACAACCAUAUGUCAGGAGUGCUCUGAUGGUGUUUCCUGCUUGGCAGGGGUUGGACUCGAUGGCCCUUGUGGUCUCUUCCAACUCUGUGAUUCUAUGAUUCUACUAUUGCAUACAUUCAGGAAUUGCUACCAUCGCCUGAUAUCUGCCUUCACCACACUUGGUAGGCGUACACAAAGGUAAGGGGACCUCAGGCCGCAGGCAGCCUGGCCUAGUGGGAAGAUUAAUUAAGAGACCCAGCAAGAUCGGAUCUGAUGAAGCAUCACUUGCUACAGAGGAAGUAUUACAAAAUAACUUCCUUCAAGGCAGACAGCUUCUCCAUAGGCAAGUGGUAUGUUUUAGCAACGAUAUCCAACUGGAUCCCUAAAUAAAAUGGGAAUAUGGGCAAAAGGUAUUGAGCUAUUGCUUGCCAGCUUCCAGCCCCCGCUUGGGCAGGGGGCAUCUUGUGCUGCCAUCAUGAUAUGUAAAUUUACAGGGCCGAGGCUGGCCAGAACCCUUAAAGAAGUCCCGACCGACAAAGCUGCCGCCGAGCCAGCUUCCUUUUCAGACACACACUCUGUGCAAUGCAAAAACACACUCCAUGCAGUGCACACACACUCCAUGCAAUGCAACUACACACUCCGUGCAAUGCAACUACACACUCCGUGCAAUGCAACUACACACUCCGUGCAAUGCACACACAAACCCUCUGUGCAAUGCAACUACACACUCCGUUCAAUGCAACUACACACUCCGUGCAAUGCACACACAAACCCUCCGUGCAAUGCAACUACACACUCCGUUCAAUGCAAAACACACUCCAUGCAAUGCAACUACACUCCAUGCAAUGCAACUACACCCUCCGUUCAAUGCACACACUCCGUGCAAUGCAAAAAAAAAACAAAAAAAAAAACAAACCACUCUGUGCAAUGCAACUACACCCUCCAUGCAAUGCAUACACACACACUCCGUGCAAUGCACACACACUCUGUGCAAUGCAACCACACCUUCCGUACAAUGCAACAACACACUCCGUGCAAUGCAACUACACCCUCCGUGCAAUGCACACACACCCUCCAUGCAAUGCACACACGCUCCAUGCAAUGCAACUGCAAAUCUCUCAUGCAAUGCAAUGCAUUUGCAGCCCGUGCAGCGCCGUGCCCUGCAACACACAAACUGCAAUGCGGGCACGCAAAGGUGCUUUCUCCCGCUUGCAUAUUGCAAACGUGGCGCCCGUUACAUCCCUCGCAGUGAGGUAACCACCGAAAGGACUUAAGUGUCCAGGUAGAGCAAUGGGGGGAGCAUGCAGCUGUCCCAUACAGGGACCAAUCCUGCAACCCAGGCAUUACCAGCACUAUGCGCUGACCCAGUGAAACCAAUGCUUCAUGGACCACAUGGGGACACUAUUCAGGCCGGAAACGCUUCCAGGCCAUUGAAUUCUAGGGCAAAGCCCUAGGAUCACCUGCUAGGCCAGGCAUAAAUGUUUCCAGUGAAAUAGCAGAGUUGAGGUAGCCCACAGCUUGUCCAGGUACCCCUGCUUGCCCUUUUAGAGGGAAGCACCCUUUCAAGAAACCCAAAGUUCUUUUAUCACAAAUGGGCCUAACUACCCAGCAACAGAAUAGCCCAAAAGGAGCAGUUUGUUUUGUUUUGUUAUAACAAUGGCUAAGAGGGGGAUAUGAACCCUGUCUCCCAGGUCCUAGUCCUACACUUUAGCCACUAAGCCACAAUGGCUCAUCUCUAAAAUGGCAGUCGCCACUAUCAGGGCAAAACAAACUUAAAGAAAAUAAACUUGUUCAGAAACAGCAUAGUUCAAGAGCAUAUACAGAGUGCUCAUAGUCCUUGGAGGCACAGGGAGCCUCUGGGGCCCUCUGUCUGCCUCAGAUAUACAUUAGCAGCAACUGGGCCUGCAAGCAGAUACAUUCCUAUAGCGAGAAUGAGUCACGUGUCAGAGACUUAACAAUUAACUGCUACCUGUAGCAGACUUAGGCUUGGAAGUUAUGUGCAGGCCGAAUAGGCCUCCCUGCUUCUGCUCUUGAGAAUCUUAGUCUCAUAGCAAUAUUAAAGGAACUCAAAUUAGUGCUCCCACCCAAGGCUAGCUUAAAAUUUGGCCAACAGCACUGCACACACUCAAAAUAAAGCCAACCUUCGGGGAUACUAUAAACGAAAGUGAUUCCAGCUAAGCUGGGAACAGCCCUGAUUAGCCCCACAAUUUCAACAAGAGAAAUGGGGCAAACCUUUUUGCGAAAGAAAGCCCCUAACGGGGGCUCUCUCCGUAUUGGGAAAGGCAAGCCACAGUUACAGGGAGAAUCUUCCCACAGGGCAGGGUAAGGGGUGGGGUGGGAAAUCGAACAGGAAAAGGGGGGAAUUAAAUUAUUUAAGGGACUAGAGAGGAUUAAAAAGAAAGGGGAAAUAAAGAAAUAAAGAAAUGUAACCAGACAAUGAGAAGAUUGUCCAAGCGCUCCAUGUGAUCCGGUGCAAAAUGGCCAAGAGGACGUCCAACGUCUGGCCCCUGUAUUUAAAGACUCUGACCCCUCCUCCAAAUUGGCAACAAUCAAAACUCCCCAGCAACCCAAUUUUAACCACUUAAAGGCUUGGGUUCCUCACAAAAUCUGCCCAGUAACGGCAGGGUGGCUUGUUCCCCCAACCGCAACACGUGCUCUCUGUUAGGGAGAACACGCUUUGUUAAGAGAUGCUGCAGGGCCUUGUGAAAACACAAGCCAGCUUCUCUCUCUCUCUCUCUCUCUCUCUCUGUGUGUGUGUGUGUGUGUGAGAGAGAGAGAGAAUCCCACAAAAAUCUUGUGUCAAUUGCAGAAAAUGAAAACCGGUAUGAAGGCUCCUGGAAGGACGGGAAGAGACACGGUCCAGGAAAGUUCAUCUACUUGGACACGGGGCAACUUUAUGAAGGCUACUGGGUGGCAGACAUUCCCCGUUGUGGAACCAUGAUUGAUUUUGGCCGCGACGAAGCCCCUGCACCAACUCAGUAUCCCAUCCCAAAGGUAAUCUCUAGGUUACAGGCUCCCCGCAGGCCCAAAGGCCAGAACGUGCGUAAGGGUAGGUUCCACUGUCUCUUCCUGCAAGCAGAGAGGGAAGAGCAAUUUUAGUCUGUGCUCCAGCUGCCCCAAGACUUGCCCACCUCAGCUUCUUUGGCCUCUUAAGCAUGGAGAGUGCAAAUAGCUGGAUGUGGGGAAGCUUUUCUGGUGAAGGGCAGUGGACCCACAGGAAAAGUCAGCUGAUGGUGGGAGCCAAAAGUAGGCUGGGUCAGAAGCAAAGUAGAUGGGAGUCUGCAGCCAGGUAGGGCAGGAUGACCCAAAGGAAGCAGAGAAGCAGCUUUUUCUAAACAAACUAAUUGUCUUUUCCAGUCUAUUUAAUUUUUUAAAAAACAAACAAAGAUCAGAAUCUGAUGCUUAUUCGUGUUAUAAUCUUAUGUAAAUCACUUUCUGAGACAGUAUAUAAGUGCUGUAAAUGAAUGAAGGAAUGAAGUGGGGAAAAACCCAUCCAUUCGUUUCUAUGGCAACAGAACUCACUUUUUAAAGAUGCGAAUGGGGGAUACUUACCUGUGAGCACCUAAGGCCACUACCUUAACAAAAGAACUGGGCUGUCCAGUGCAGCAAGCGUCCUCCUAUAGAUUCUAGCCUCCCACAGGCAUGGAAGGGACCCACGGGAGUCAUCCUGACCCCCCCAAAAACCUGUAACAAUCUAUAUGUGUGUGUGUGAAAGACAGGGAGAGUGUGCUGUAACUCUGUGUGGUGCAUGUGUUUGUAUUAGUAACAAUGGGGUGAGGUGGGGGAAUAGAGGGGUGUGCAUUUUUUUCUCCUUUUGCCAGGUGUGUGUGUUUUAUUGCUAUUUUGCCACACCCGCUUUUGCUCUGCAAACCAUUGCCAUGCAGCUCCCAGAAGGUGGCCAGUUUUCAGUCUGGCCUUGUGGCUGAAACUGAUUCCCCAUCCCUGGAAUGGGGCUUAAAAGGCUAUGUGGGGAGCUGGAAGGUUGCCAGUUUAAGUAUUGACUAGGAGGACUUGCAGUGCUUCCAUAGGCUAGCCCCUCUUUCUUCCCCUGGCAUUUCCCACCCUCAUUCUGUUCGAAGAGCAGUAAGAGGACUGUCCUGUAUUUGGAGUUAUCCUCUGUUUGAAGGGUUGCUCAGUCUGAGUCCAGUUUAAAGGCAGAAAGUACUAUGGAGCCCCAGGGUCCCAUCAGCAGAGAGCAGACUGGUCCGCCUCUCCCAGCCACAGCCUUCCCCACUAUGCAGAAAGGCAUUGCAAUUUCUAUUUAGAGUGCAGUAAUUAUUUUAUUACUGUGGCCUAAUUAUUUUAUUUUAUUUUAUUUUAUUUUAUUAUUUCAGUAGUAAUUAUUUUUUUACUGUGGUCUAAACCACAGAGCCUAGGGCUUGCUGAUCAGAAGGUCGGCGGUUCAAAUCCCCACGACGGGCUGAGCUCCUGUUGCUUGGUCCCAGCUCCUGCCAACGUAGCAGUUCGAAAGCACGUCAAAGUGCAAGUAGAUAAAUAGGUACCGCUCCGGCGGGAAGGUAAACAGCGUUUCCAUGCGCUGCUCUGGUUCUCCAGAAGCAGCUUAGUCAUGCUGGCCACAUGACCCGGAAGCUGUACGCCGGCUCCCUCGGCCUACAGAGUGAGAUGAGCGCCACAACCCCAGAGUCGUCCAUGACUGGACUUAACGGUCAGGGGUCCCUUUACCUAAUUAUUUCUAAGUUGGCAUCUGUAUAUUUAAAUUAGCAUAUGAAAGUUUUAUGCAAAUCUGUCUCCCUUUUUGAUUGUUUUUUGGCAAUGUAUUAAAUUGCAAAAAAAAACACCAUGUUUUUUUCAGGUUGAACUAGCGGACCCAGAGGGUGUGUUGGAAAAUGCUAUUGUGUUGCUAGAAAAUGCUGAAGAAGCGAAUUCUCAGCCUCAGAAGGAACGAUGACGGCUGACAAUCCUGCCCUCCAAAGCUGGGGUUCCUUCCCGUUGAAGGCUGAGCAGCAAUGUACAAAGAGUUCUUUCCCAAGAGAUUCCCAAGUAUUCCCAUUGCGAUCCCUUCUCUGUUCCUGGUUAUGCAAGAGCCCCUUUGCUCGCUAGUUUAGCAGCUGCAGCAACACAGAGGGAAGAGGGACAUGGUAGAGACCUUGUGAGUUCAAAAAUACAAGAUACCGCACAUUUCUUUGCAAGUUGCUUACUCUGGGUUCUUGAAGCAGCGAGUUGCCCUUUGCACUUCCCAGAGCCGGUCCUGAUGUUAGUGGCACACACCUCAGAUGGCAGGUGCUGAGUGGAGAAGAGGGGCUUGAAUAUCUCCAAGGAAGGAGGGUCUGUAAUUCCUUCCUGAGUGAAGCUCUGGCACAAACUGGGGAUACAAAGCAAAGGGAAGAUUUGGGGUGAUGACUGCAAUUCUCUCCUCUUCCUGAAUUCAGAAAAGCUUCUGUCUUAUUUUGAACCACCUUUUUGUACCAUCAAGGAGAGAGGCUUUGAAACUGGGGAUAAAUAUGAUUGACACUGUAGCCUGUAACCCACCACAGCAGGGGGGUGGGGGUGGCAAAGAGAGUGACAGCCACAAAAGGCACAAAUUGUGUUGUCAAGGAGAGAUGUCUAAAAGAGUCCCUGAUAGAUUCUCUCCAUCAUGAUCGCUUCUUAUUUCAAGACUCUCUAAAAUACACAUUUUGAACCAAAGCUAUUCAUAGUAUCACGUUCUCCCUUCUCCAAUUAAGGAAACCUUCACAGAAAAGGAAGAAGGAAAAAGAGAGAGAAAUCUUCGGAAGCCAAUGGUGUAUCUUCAUUAGAAGCAAAUGAACUUGCUUAAUUUGCUAGUGUGCGGGUUGACACCAAUCAACAGAUACAGCUGUAGGCUCCAUCAGAAUGGUUCUGGCACCAGCAAGACAGCUUCUUAUUGCUGUUAGCAUAAUGUUAGCAAGAGAAUUUCCCCCCAACUUGGUCCCCCCCCCAAUAUGUUUUGGACUACAGCUCCCCUCAGCCCAACAUCAGGAGGGGCACAGACUCUUCCCCCUUGGUCAACAACCUGCCCACUGCUAACUUAAAAUGGAGUCAUAAUACACACACCUGUCUUUUUGUGUGAGGAUGUUGCUAUUUUUAAAACGUUUUAUCGUUUUCAAUUUUACAAAAUUUGAACAUUGACAUUUACCAAAUCACAAACCAUACAUCUAACAUCAACUUCCCUCCCACCCCCCUUCCAUAGUUUGUUUUAAUUACCUUUUACUGCUGCAUAUUGGGGUUAUUCCAUAUCCCCCCCCCGUUUUAUCUCAAUCUCCUUUAUACUGCUGAAUUUAAUCUUGCUAACAUCCUGAUUUGUUUACAAUAGUUUUUUCAAAUAUUCUACAAUUUCCCCCCCAAUCUUCCUUAAAAGAUUUUUCUUCCUGGUCUCUUAUUCUACUAGUUAAACUAGCCAUUGCUGCAAAUUAUUCUGAAGGGGGACACAUAACUCUAUACCCUCAAGCAUCUCUCUGAUGAAAACAGGAACAUCCUAAGGAAAAACGGGACAUUCCAGGAUCAAAUCAGAAACUGGGGUGGCUUCUAUAAAUCCAGGACUGGCCCUGGAAAAUAGGGACACUUGGAGGGUCUGCAAAUAUAACUCCUUAUUUAGACUGUAAUCUCCUCAGGGCAGAGACCUGCCACACUUUCCUCCCCUUUUGGCUGAUGUAAACUAACACUAGCUUGGUUCAUACAGAAAAACAAGCCAUGAUCUAGUGUUACAAGAAUGAGCUUUCAAGGGGAUGGUGGGCUUCUUUCUCCCCUCCACUCCUGGACCCCAAACCUGCCACACCUGGUUUGAGGCAAGUCAUAUGCUUGUCAAAACUGGGAAACUGGUUUGUGAUCCUGAGAAACCAGGAACAAAAUUUAGAAUGAAUCCCUGGCCUGCCAUGAUGUCUGAAUCAGACUGUUCAGCCUUGGGUUUUUAUCCCAGUUUAAAGCACCCUGCACAGGG